AUGCCUGCAACUGCUUGGUUAUUAACUAAACAAAUAACUAAUCUGAAACUGUUGACAUCAAUUGCAUUUGGAAUACUUGUACAUGUGACAAAGAUUUUUGUGUUGGAUGGCCAAGAAGAAAUUCAACCAUUGGAAACGGUGUUCAGAAAUCAUAAAAAUGCAUACAACAAAUGGUUAAUAAAGAAAAAUGUUCAGCUCAACCAGGAUUAUAGGUUUUAUAAUGAAAAUACUAUUUCAGAAAAGAAAUUUUUGGAAAAAGAAAUACAGGUGGCGUGUUUCACAUUUUUACCAAGUCGUCAAUUUGAGAAUUACAUUAAUUCUAACAAUGAAUCACUGUCUGGUAGAUGCAACAAAAUGUUCUAUGUUGGUUCUCCAGACUCCGAGAUUAAAUUAACGAAUUUAUCUGAGCAUGUCAAAUUGAGCUUUGUAGAGGCUAUCAGUUGGAGGAUCAUGAGACCCAUCCUUGAAAUCAUUCAUUCUGCUUCUCAAAAAUAUGGCUGGUACAUUUUCAACAAACAAAAUACCUUCUUUAUAACAGAGAACUUCAGAUAUCUUGUAUCUGUGUUGGAAACAUCUAAACCAUAUUACCUAGGCCAUCCGGUCUACAUGAGAGGCAACAAGGGUUCUUAUAAUGUGCUCGACUCAGGGAUUGCCUUGAAUUUGAAAGCAAUUAACACUCUAACUUUUUUAUUGAAUUUGAAUAAGUGUCCACAAAACAAAUUAGUAUCUCUAGAUGUGGGGCUAGCAUCCUGUCUGGCCCUGGCCGGAGUUCGUCCUUAUGAUACAAAGGAUGAUGAGGGUAGACAUCUAUUUAUUUACCAAUCAUUCAAUGAUCUCUUCAGUCACCCCAAAUACUUUUGGUCACGUUUUAUAAAUAGCGAAGACGACGAAACGAAGUUUAAAAGAUUUGAUGGUCCAGACAAUGUAAUAUCACUCUUAGUUGACGACCAAUCAGACAUCGACGUACUGAACUUUCUAAUUUACAAAUGGAUAUCUUACGGGGUUGGGGUUCCUAUGCUCAAAAGAAAUGGCACUUCCUUCCAAACGGCCGGGUUUUCAUCAUCAGAUGGCUCAUGA